AUGGUGGUCCCAGGCAGUACCAACAUCUCUCCCCAAGCCCACAACGGAAGUCUUCUGGAAGCUCCCACGUCCAGCUGCAAAGGGGCCGAAGUGGAGGGUCCAGACCUGGCAGGGGUGGAGCUGGAGGAGGUCCGAAAGCUGCAAGAACUGGUCCGCAGGUUGGAGGUCCAGAAUGAGACUUUGCGUAAUCGCGGCACCAAGCUGAUGAGAGGUGCCAGCGACCACACAACGAGUCGAAACGUGGAGGAAGAACAAGACUUUGCUCCUUCACUUUGUCAGGACAACAGUGGCGAGGAGAUGUCGCCUUUGCACGUGGCCAGCCAGAUUGAUGAAGAAGAUGAUGACGAGGAAGAGGACAGAGGGCCGUGUACUGGUUUUUUGACGUUUAGCUGCAGCAGUCGUGCCGGACCGGAGGAAGGCCUGACCCCAGAUAGCCCCUCUCAGGACAGCUAUGAGUCGGAAACACUGGCAGAGAGCGAUUCUGGGUUGGACCAAACGGCGCUGGAUGAAGUGGAUGUCCUGGAUUUGGAAGAAAAGUCUGCAGAUGUAGAAGAGGCUGAUAGUUGGUUGUACGUAUCGCCCAAAAAGCAGGUCGCAGAUGCUGGCCCUGGGUCUCCAUUAAAGUGGUGUCGACAAGUCCUGGACCACCGCAGCCCAGAAACUGAAGUGGCAUGUCAGACUCUAAUCAACCGUUUGGAUCAAACCACCCGUUGGAGAAGCAUGUACAGCAGCCCUUCAGCAGAGACAGGCUCUGCUGGUUCAGGCCUGAUCUCUCCGGGCUUCAACAAAUCGACUAACAAAUCCCUACUAACCAGUGGCAAUUCAGGCACAAGCAUGCACUCUGCCAUGAGCUCUCAGUCCUCUAUCGAUAGUGAACUCAGCACAUCAGACGACUCCAUCUCCAUGGGCUACAAGCUGCAAGACCUCACAGAUGUACAAAUCAUGGCUCGGCUUCAGGAAGCGAGUUUAAGGCAAGACUUUGCAUCCAGCUCAGCCUCUGCUUCACGUCGCAGCUCAACAACAUCUUUGCAGUCACUGCGCAGAUGUGGAAACUACAGUGACCAGGAGUUUGAUAGCUAUAGUCUGGAAGAUGAAGAUGAAUUUUGCUCUUUGCCGCUACGACAUCGAUUUACCCCUUCACCACUAAGUUCACCGCGGUGCCAGUCACCCUCUACUUCCAACCACAGCCAAGAAUACAGCGGCCGUUUGGGAGCUCCACGUACAAGGGCUCCAAGGCGGUCUCUACAGGGCCCAAGUGCUGAACUCAUCAAAUUCGCCAAAAGUGAGGAAGAGUUGAGGCACAGCAUGCCAAAUCUGGCUCCUCGCACUAGCCUUCGUUCAUUGGAGGCAGUUAGAAACAGCCGCAGUAUGGAGGCUAACCUCCAGAGCUCUGGCAACCGCAUGACCCACCUUUCCAAUCCCCCUUCCACAGGUAUGACAAAUGGUCGCAUUCGCAACAAUGGCCAGUCUCCUCUUUCACUACGGACCCCUGUCAAAGCUGUAGGUCCAGUGUCAUCCAGAGGUUUACCUGUAAUCCAAGGCCCACCUGCUGGAGGAGGGCGCAGAUUGCAGUCUCCAAGCUCUGGAAAUGGUGGUCCCCAUGUUCCAGGAAGAAGCUCUUUUGGAACAGGCAUAAGUCAAGGACAGUCAAGAAGUAAAAUUUUACAUACCCCAAGGAGGUCGAUGGGUAUAACAAAAAUGUCUGAUGAAUCCUGGAAAGAUGGCUGCUACUGA